AUGACAGGCUUGGCCAGUGUGACUGGGAGGAUGGCGGCUGUGCAGAGACACUGGGAGAGGGGCUGGCUCUACCCGCUGCUGUGGCUAGCUUUGAAAGCAGGUGCAGAAUCAUCAUGGCAGGACUGCAGCACCCUGACGGUGCGCCCCCCUGUGGCCAGGCCAGGAAGUGCCGUGAGCGCGUCCUGUGCGCUGAGCUCACCCUGUGCCCGGGAGCGCGGGGUUAAAGCUGCAGACAUCACGUGGAGGCUGGACGGAGAGGAGGUCUCCAGAGACCAGUAUGGCUCUGUUGGGAUCUGCGUCUCCACAGUGACCCUACCAGCCCUCCCCCUGGUUGGGGGAAAUCUGAGCUGCUAUGCCCGCUAUGGAGGAUCUGACAUGCUGCUUCAAAGCAGAGAGAUCAAAGUGGCCUCCCCCCCUGCGCAGCCCAAGAUCCUGUCCUGCAUUUCUAUUCGUCUGGCCAACCUCAGCUGCACCUGGGACCCUGGACCCGAAACUCUGCUGAGGACCAACUUCACCCUGAGCGUGACGGAGGUGAUGAGACGCUGUGGCUCCAAAUUCAAAGACCCCCUGGAGUGCCGGGCUGCCCCGGAUGAGAGGUCGUGCCCCGUGCCCGCCAAGAACCUGUACGCUUCCUACAACGUGACGGUGAGGGCAGAGAAUGAGCUGGGCAGCCAGACCUCCCCCGUGCUCUGCCUGAGUGGAAUGGAUGCAGUGAAGCUGUCUCCUCCGAGGGUUGUGAGCGUGUCUUCUGUAGCAGGACGGGAGGACUGCCUGGUGCUGAGCUGGGACCUGCACUACUCGGAGAUACACAACGCCUUGUCUGCUCUCUAUGAGAUGCAGUACAGGGCAAGGGGGGAGAAGCUGUGGACACAUACUCUCAUUGAUGUGAGAGAGGCCAAUCCUGUGCCAGUGAAGCUGUGUGACCUCCUCGCCUUCACGGAGUACACUUUGAGACUGAGGGUCAGAUACAAGAGCGACAUGAGCCACUGGAGUGAGUGGAGCAACACGGGAGAGCUGCUGCAAAGACACGAAGCCAACGGCAGGAUUCUGGGGUACAGGAUAUUCCGCCAGCACCCGGGUACCCCAGAAAAGACAGAGCUGAGCGAGUGUGGCGUCACCACUCCUGUAGCCAGCCCUGAAUGCAGCAUCCUCCUGCCUGCCGAGUGCUGCGUCCUCUCCCUGUCUGCGUACAACUCCGCAGGGCAGUCCCCUCAGGCCAGCAUCGCCAUCCCAGCCGCUGGUCAAGCAGCGCUGCCCGGGCUCUCAACCCUGGCUGCGUCUCCUGCGAAUGACCACAGCCUCCUGGUCCAGUGGAAGGCCCCGGAGAGGCCCUCAGUGUCCGGCUUCAUCCUGGAGUGGUGUGUGCUGUCCGAGAGGGAGGGCUGCGUCCUGCACUGGCACAGACUGCCCCGUCACUCCAGGGACAUGGUCAUUUCAGAGAGCAUUGAGCCCAAGCGCCUAUACAGUGUCUCUGCCUACGUGCUGGAUGAGGGAGAGGCUGGGGACCCAGUGUCGGUACAAGCUUACUCCAGGCAGGGUGCCGAGUUCCUCUCCAGCCUGGAUCACUAUGAGAUCGCUAUCCCGGUGCGUGUGGGCCCACGGGGGGAGGUCUUGAGCGGAGAGGGGUGGCGACGGGCGCGCCGUGGUCUGGAGGCCGAGCCGACAGAGAGGCAGCUCUUCUACAGCGUUGCAGCGCCUCGCACAAACUUCCUGCUGAACCUCACGCUGCACUCCGGCCUGCUCUCGGACCGAUUCCGCGUGGAGUACUGGAAGAGGGGCCGGCUGGCCUGGAGCCACCGCUACUCCCCCCACUGCCAUUACGUGGGACACAUCCUCCAGCAGCGCACCAGCAGCAAGGUGGCCCUCAGCAACUGCAACGGGCUGCAGGGGGUGAUAGUGACCGGGGAAGAGGAGUACUUUAUCGAACCCUUGACCUCAAUGGAAAACAUCACCAGCUUCCAAGAGAAAGAAGGACGUCCCCAUGUGGUCUACAAGCGAUCGUCUCUGCGACACCAGCACAUGGACGCGUCGUGUGGAGUUAUAGAUGAGAAGCCGGGCAAAGGGCGGCCCUGGUGGCUGCAGAACCUGAAGUCCUCACCCCUGAGCCCCUCAACCAAUCAGAUGCCACGAGGCCAGCUGCCGCUCAAGCGCUCGGUCAGCACAGAGCGCUACGUGGAGACCCUGGUGGUGGCAGACAAAAUGAUGGUGGGCUACCACGGGCGCAGAGACAUCGAGCAGUACAUCCUCGCAGUCAUGAAUAUUGUUGCCAAACUGUUCCAGGAUUCGAGCCUGGGGAACGCAGUGAACAUCGUGGUGACCAGACUCAUCCUGCUGACAGAGGACCAGCCCACGUUAGAGAUCAACCACCAUGCAGGCAAAUCCCUGGACAGCUUCUGCAAGUGGCAGAAAUCCAUUCUGAACCGCAGUGGCAAUGGCAACGCCAUUCCUGAUAACGGGAUCGCGCAUCACGACACUGCAGUGCUCAUCACCAGGUAUGACAUUUGCAUCUACAAGAACAAGCCCUGUGGAACUCUAGGCCUGGCCCCGGUAGGGGGGAUGUGUGAGCCGGAGCGGAGCUGCAGCAUUAACGAGGAUAUUGGGCUGGCCACUGCCUUCACCAUCGCACACGAGAUUGGACACACGUUUGGGAUGAACCACGACAGCGUGGGCAAUGCCUGUGGCUCGCGGGGCCAGGAGACAGCCAAGCUGAUGGCCGCUCACAUCACCAUGAAGACCAACCCCUUUGUGUGGUCUGCCUGCAGCCGUGACUACAUCACCAACUUCCUAGACUCGGGAAUGGGGAUCUGCCUGAACAAAGCGCCCCCCAGACAGGAGUUCUUCUACCCAACCUCAGCUCCCGGCCAGGCCUACGACGCGGAUGAGCAGUGCCGCUUCCAGUACGGAGUGAAGUCUCGCCAGUGUAAAUACGGGGAGGUGUGCAGUGAGCUGUGGUGCAUCAGCAAGAGCAACCGCUGCAUCACCAGCAGCAUCCCUGCAGCGGAAGGAACCAUCUGCCAGACUAACACCAUAGACAAGGGGUGGUGCUACAAGAGGGAGUGUGUUCCCUUCGGAACCCGCCCAGAGGGCAUCAACGGGGGGUGGGGCCUUUGGUCGCCAUGGGGAGAGUGCAGCCGCACAUGUGGGGGUGGAGUCUCAUCUUCAAUCCGUCACUGCGACAGCCCCAGGCCAACCAUUGGUGGAAAGUACUGUCUGGGAGAAAGGAAGCGCUUCAGAUCCUGCAAUAUUGACGAAUGCCCAGCUGGCUCUCAGGAUUUUCGGGAAGAACAGUGUGCCGACUUUGACAGUGUGCCAUUCAGAGGAAAGUAUUACACCUGGAAACCCUACAGAGGAGGGGGGGUGAAGUCCUGCUCUCUCAACUGCCUGGCCGAAGGAUUCAACUUCUACACUGAGCGCGCUCCGGCCGUGGUGGACGGUACGCCCUGCCGCGACGACUCACUGGACAUCUGUGUCAACGGGGAAUGCAAGCACGUGGGGUGCGACCGGAUCCUGGGCUCAGACACGCGGGAAGACCGCUGCAGGGUGUGUGGGGGCGACGGCGGGACCUGUGAGGUCAUUGAGGGGGUCUUCAACGACUCGCUGCCUGAAGGAGGUUAUGAAGAGGUUGUUCAGAUUCCAAAGGGAUCCGUACACAUCAGUAUACAAGAACUUAACUUUUCCCUCAACUAUCUGGUGCUAAAGGACGAAGGGGAUCAGUACUUCAUCAACGGGAAGCUGGCCAUCGACACCCCCAGGCGUUUCGACAUCGCUGGAACCAUCUUCCACUAUCGCAGGCCUGUGGAUGAACCAGAGACCCUGGAGGCGCUAGGCCCCACCAACAUUUCCAUCGUUGUUAUGGUGCUAGUCCGAGAAGAGAACCAGGGCAUUCGUUACCGGUUCAACUCUCCGUUCUCCCGGGAAACUCUGACUGGCUCUGUCUGGCACUACACUGCCUGGUCCCGCUGCUCUGCCAUCUGUGCUGGAGGGAUCCAGACCCAGCAGGUGUUUUGCAAGAAGCAGGGGGAUCAUUCAGUGGUGCUUAACCAUUACUGUGAGCAGAAGAGCAAGCCAAAGGAGAAGAAGAGAGCCUGCAACUCUGAGCCCUGUCCACCGGCCUGGACUCUGGGGAGCUGGUCAGAGUGCAGUCGGAGCUGUAGCGGCGGGGUGCGGACACGCGAAGUGCUCUGCAAAAGCAAGAUCUCUCCCAAGGAAGAGAAGACCCUCGAUGAUGGAGCCUGCCUCUCGCCCAGACCCCCUCUCACCGAGCCCUGCAACAACCAGACCUGCCCUCCUGAGUGGGCGGCCCUCGAUUGGUCUGAGUGUACCCCGAGCUGUGGGCCAGGAUUUCGUCACCGGAUUAUCCUGUGUAAGAGUGGUGACCACAGCAUCACCCUGCCAGCCCCUAGCUGCCCAGACGAGGGCAAGCCUUCCACCAGCAUGAGGUGCAACCUGCAGCGCUGCCCACCUCCACACUGGGCUGCAGGGGAGUGGGGAGAGUGCUCAGCCAAGUGUGGUCUGGGUCAACAGAUGAGGACAGUCCAGUGCUUGACCUACACCGGUCAGCCGUCCAGUGAGUGUCCCGAGGCUCUGCGGCCAGCAGGCAUGCAGCAGUGUGAGAGCAAGUGUAACCCCGGCCCCACGGAUAACCCCGAAGAAUGCAAAGAUGUGAACACUGUGGCCUACUGCCCCCUGGUGCUAAAGUUUCGCUUCUGCAGCCGCCCCUACUUCAGGCAGAUGUGCUGCAAAACCUGUCAAGGACAUUGACCCUCCAGGCCCAUUCCGGAGCUCUGGAGAGCCCUCGACACAAGACCACUCAACUCAGGCAUUCCGUGAGGGCAGCCAGCCAGCCACAGCCCCCUCACUCAGCCGUCUCAGUGUGUCAUGGGGAGAUUGAGAGGAAGGGGGGUCCUACCCAAAUGAGAAGUGCGCUUUACUGGUGUCUUCCUUCAAUGCCUAGGGAGAACUUCCAGCACAGUUGCUUUUCAUACCCGUUUUAUUAUGUGUAAAAAUGAAAAUCAAUACUGAAGCAUUGGUCUGUAUAAGUCAAAAAGUGUCUCCAAAGUGAAUUUUAUUUAGUACCCACUUCUCUAACUUAAGUGGGAAGGGAAGAAGUGUGUUUUGAACUUGAAUGCAAUCCUUUUAAAGGGAAUGUGCAAUGUCCCAGACAGAUUGUAAAACUACAACCAAUGCUGUAACCAGUUACACUGUACUAGGAUUGCUGCAAAUUCUUAUGAACGUUACACUGAUGCUAAUGAUAUUUCAUUGGAAUGCAUUAAUUAGGAAAUUCACUACAGUAGAGACAUAAGCUAUUCAGAUGUUUACAUGAGAUUUCAUUUUAUAUGAUAUGAAAUAAUGGGCAGUUUGUAUAAAGUGUUACAGCACAGUACUGAUCAGAACACAUGUUUUGGCCAGGCUGACUGCCAUACUCCCAUGACCCUGUGAUCUGAUCCACUGGUGCCUACAUCUGUAAAAAUCCAUUACACAGAAUGCAGACUAAUAAACAGUUAAGUGCUCAUUAUCGCAGAGGUGAGGGGGACAUGUUCAGUUUGUUUAGCCACAUUUUCACAUGGAAAAAGGAAUAACUAUUAUUCCUUGUUAAUAAAAAUCGUCAAAUAUUUGAUCACAUUUUUAUUUUUUUAUACCCUAAAUAGAUGCUUACACUAUAUCAAAUCAUGGUUAUGUGCAGACCCAAGUUCAUUUGAAAACGCUACAAACGUAUCCCUUCAUUUAUAAUUGCAAAACAGUCAAUGGGAUGGUGGUAAAUUUAGAAAUACUAAAAUAAACUUUGUAAAAUUCACUGUCAAACACUGUAGGUACUUCGCCACAGCUGUACUUUUAGUUUUUUACUUUUUACUUUUUUUUUUUUUUUUUUUUUUUACUUUACAGCUCUGGGGUUUUUGCUUAAAUCAUCCAGUUCACUCUUUGUUUAACUAGCCUCAGUGUGAUACUGUGCCUCUCACCUGUGCUUUCACACCACAGCCUUAUUAAAAGAAAAAGCAGGUGUGCUCAGAAAGCCUCCAAAAGUUUUUUUUUUUUACUAGUCUAGUAACAAUAGACAGAUAGAUAGAUCAACUGAUCUUUUUUCCCCACCAUGGCUCAAUGACUUUAGUGUUCCUUAUCACAUCCUCCCCCAAUUUUGGUCCUCUGACAUGUGGUUUGUACAUGUUAACUAAUACUGUGUAUCUUUAUCAACCCCAGUGAAAAUACAUAAAAGGUGCAUUGUAAGUACAUAUCCUACAAGCACUCCUCUGUAAUAAUGGGUGUUCAUUUAUUUAGUGUCUCCAACUGUAAUUUUUGAAUUUGCAUGCCCAAUCGUUUUUCUCCUCACUGCAGCAAUUCUCCACAUGGUUCAGGUGAGGCCCGACGAUUCAGUGGGCAUCCUCCGAUCCCACGACCAAGCCAGCUUCCUUUUUUCACCUAGGAACCUAAGAGCGGAUGUCAGCGAACUAACGACCACUGGAGGACAAAGACCAGCUCUGCAGGUAUCCGAUCUGAGCGCACUGGGCACCUGGCCAGCAGGGUUCGCUGUAGAGCGAUGAGGAGAAAAAGUCCCUGUCAGUUUUACCUCCCUAACCCACAGGAGUGCCUGGGCCAAUGUGCCGCUCCCUUCGGAGUCUCCAACAAAGACCGGCCUAUUUCUGGGUGUUUUACUUGUACAUUUAUUGCCUGGUGUAGGCUACUUUAAUAGGGGUUCUGGUUUUAUGGUUAAACUCAAUAAAGCCCAGUUUCUAUCUCUGAAAAU